GGUGACUCCACCACCUCCCUGGUCAGCCUGUGCCACUGCCUCACUGCUCUUUUGGAGAAGAAAUUGUUCCUAAUAUACAAAUUGAAACUCCCCUGGCACAAUGUGAAGCCAUUCACUUUUGUCCUAUCACUGUUACCUGGGAGAAGAGGCUGACCUCCACCUCACUGCAUCCUCUUUCCAACUCCAACUCCUCCAACUUCCAGGGACCCUCAUGGUCCUGGCCCCCAACACCAAUCUGCUCUGCUCUUGCUGUUCUAUGACGAUUCUUUCACCUUUUUCUCCUAGGACAAAUAUUUCACCAACAGGAAAUUGCUGCAAAAUGAUAUUGACACAGUGGUAAUAUGAUGAUCUGACACAGAAGAGCACAAACUGAGAGUUGUGUAAUGGACCCUGUGAAGAGUCUUUAUCUGUAGAAUUCGACCAAAGAAAGAUUCUGUUUCGGCCCCAGCCAGGCUCGGCCCACACUGGACUGAGAGAAAAGGUGUGCAAGAAGAUGCUUUUUAAUUUGAAGAACUUAUACCGUAUUACGAAAUUAACACAGAACAGCAAGCAUCUGCCACGACAUUUUUGCCGUGGGCCACCAAAUCAAAUGAAUGUUUGUCUGAAAGGUCGUGACCUCCUUACUCUACAGAACUACACAGCAGAUGAACUGAAGUAUUUGCUAUGGGUGGCCUCAGAUUUGAAACAAAGGAUAAAGGACAAAGGAGAGUAUUUGCCUUUGAUGCAAGGAAAAUCCUUGGCCAUGAUUUUUGAGAAGAGAAGCACAAGAACAAGAUUAUCUGCAGAAACAGGAUUUGCUCUCCUUGGAGGACAUUCUUCCUUCCUUACAAAACAAGACAUUCACCUGGGCACUAAUGAGAGUCUCACAGAUACAGCAAGGGUGCUGUCCAGCAUGACAAAUGCAAUCUUGGCUCGAGUUUAUAAGCAUAAUGAUCUGGACCUAAUGACGAAAGAAGCCACGAUCCCAGUAAUCAAUGGAUUGUCUGAUUUAUACCAUCCUCUCCAGAUUUUAGCUGAUUACCUAACUCUUCAGGAACACUAUGGUGGUCUGAACAGGCUCACCAUCGCCUGGAUUGGGGAUGGAAACAAUGUCCUCCACUCCAUCAUGACAAGUGCUGCAAAGCUGGGAAUGCAUCUCCGCAUUGCAACUCCCAAGGGCUUUGAACCAGACCUCAGAAUAACAAAAGUAACUGAGCAGUACUCCAAAGAGUAUGGUACCAGGUUGCUUCUCACCACAGAUCCUUUGGAAGCCGCAAACGGUGCCAACGUCUUAGUUACGGAUACAUGGAUAAGCAUGGGGCAAGAAGAGGAAAAGAGAAGAAGACUGAAGGCUUUUCAAGGUUAUCAGAUUACGAUGCAGACUGUGAAAUCUGCUGCGUCCAACUGGACGUUUUUACAUUGCUUACCCAGAAAACCCGAAGAAGUUGAUGAUGAAGUAUUUUAUUCCCCGAGAUCACUGGUUUUCCAGGAGGCAGAAAACAGAAAAUGGACAAUUAUGGCUGUCAUGGUUUCCCUGCUGACAGAUUACUCACCACAGCUACAAAUGCCUACAUUUUGAUGCUUGGAUCCCAGCCAAGAAAAAAAAUAUUCCUCAUUGGCAGAAUAUUCUGGUCUGCGUAUACAUCGAUCUUCUUCAGAAAGGAUCAAGGCAACGAAUGAUUCUUUAAUAAAAUUGUAGGGCUAGCUUUGCUGAA